AUUUCCUCACACACAGAAAGCAAUUUGAAAAGCGAGAGAGAGAGAGAGAGAGAGAUUUGAGAGAAAAUGGAGAAAGCAGAGUUAGGAGGAGGAAACAGAAAGGUGGCGUCAGCAAUGGAGGCGUACGAGAAGCUAGAGAAGGUCGGAGAAGGGACGUACGGGAAGGUGUACAGGGCGAGAGAGAGGGCGACGGGGAAGAUCGUGGCCCUCAAGAAGACUCGCCUCCAUGAGGACGACGAGGGCGUCCCUCCCACCACUCUACGCGAGGUCUCCAUCCUCCGCAUGCUCUCCUGCGAUCCCCACGUCGUCAGGUUGAUGGAUGUCAAACAAGGCCAGAAUAAAGAAGGAAAAACAGUACUCUACUUGGUUUUUGAGUACAUGGACACCGAUCUCAAGAAAUUCAUUCGGACCUUCCGUCAAACUGGAGAGAAUAUGCCUGCUAAUGUUGUUAAGAGUUUGAUGUUCCAACUUUGCAAAGGUGUAGCCUUUUGCCACGGUCAUGGCAUCUUACACAGGGAUCUUAAACCUCACAAUCUGUUGAUGGACCGAAAAACAAUGAUGCUUAAAAUAGCAGAUCUUGGACUAGCUCGAGCAUUUACCGUGCCAAUCAAAAAGUACACUCAUGAGAUAUUAACUCUGUGGUAUAGAGCUCCUGAAGUCCUUUUAGGGUGUACCCAUUACUCAACUGCUGUUGAUAUUUGGUCUGUUGCCUGUAUAUUUGCUGAACUUGUCACAAAGCAAGCACUCUUCCCAGGAGAUUCUGAACUGCAACAGCUCCUCCACAUAUUCAGAUUAUUAGGCACUCCUAAUGAAGAAGUGUGGCCAGGCGUAAGCAAACUCAUGAAUUGGCAUGAGUACCCGCAGUGGAAAGCUCAAAAUCUGUCGAAGGCUGUUCCUAAUUUGGAUGAGGAUGGGCUGGAUCUGCUAUAUCAAAUGUUGCAGUAUGAACCCUCAAAGCGGAUCUCAGCAAAGAAGGCUAUGGAACAUCCUUACUUCGAUGAUCUGAACAAGGCCUCUCUCUAGACAAAAGCUACGUUGAUGGGGGAAAUCUUCUUUUGGCUGCUAACAGUUGUUAUAUAUAGCUUUUGCGAAUUUCAUCUGCUUCCCUCAAGCAUACUCCAUGUUAAAUUUGUUUUAGGACGAAAAUUUGUUUAGAUGUAAUUUCUCAACCUUGCUUUUCAAAUUUUAAUGAUAAUAUGGUUUGCUGA